UCGUGUGUUUAUACAUACAUAUAUAUAUAUGGUUGAGAGUUGAGAAAUUUUUUAAAGUGGUCUCUUCAUAACAAAAACUGAGAACGCGAUUGUUAAAAAUGGAACAACAAGUAGUACUAGAAUCCGAGUACGGACACGUGGCACCGUCGUACAGAGGAGUCCGGAAGCGAAAGUGGGGGAAAUGGGUAUCCGAGAUUAGAGAGCCCGGCAAGAAAUCCCGGAUAUGGCUGGGAAGCUACGAAACUCCCGAGAUGGCUGCAGCCGCAUACGACGUGGCAGCGCUCCACCUCCGAGGACGUGCGGCUCGGCUUAACUUCCCCGAGCUGGCCGAAGCCCUCCCAAGGCCCGCCACAUCUAGGCCCGAGGAUGUCCAGUUGGCGGCCCAGCAAGCCGCAAUGCGGUUCAGGAGGGAGCAGGAGCACGCCGAGGAGGAGCCGAUGAUGGAUCGAGCGAACGAAUUAAACGUUAGGUCGUCUGGUAAUGCUGAUAUUAAGAGUGGUGAGUCCUACUCAGUGCCGGUGACGGUGGGGCUUUCGCCGAGUCAGAUUCAGGCGAUUAAUGAGUCGCCGUUGGAUUCCCCAAAGAUGACGUGGAUGCAAAUGGCGGCGCCGGCGCCGUUGACGGGGAGUGAUCAGUACUACUUCUACUCCUCGUCUCAUCAUGUGCGUUUAAACGAAGACGUUGAUUUUUCUGAUUUUGACGAAAUACUACAUGAUUCAAUUUGGGACAUAUGAUAUUAAUUUUUACACGAAUAUAUAUAUUAGUCACUCUAAAUAAUUAUUCACUUUAAUUACACAAUACACAAAUAUAUGUAUAAUUAUUUUUUCUAAAUCAACCAGAGAACCUCUUCUUUUUCUCCAACAAUUCUCAACCUAAUCUUUUAAAAGGUUGUGUAUGUACUUUUAUAUUUACCAGCCAAGGUUUUCACACAGGAAAAGUCAGUAUAUUUUAUUCAAUACAAUAUUUUUUUUUUUUUUUGGAAAAUGGGCUGUAAUAAUAAAAAAGAUUAAUGCUCACGUCCAUCAAAAGAUUAAAAAUUUUGUAAUGUUAUUCCGUA